AUGGCGGUGAACCAGCACCACACAGAUGACCGCCGCGUCAUCGUCCCGCCAGGCGAGAGUAUUCUGAUGCGCUACGAAGACGUGGAACUCUCCUUCUCCAACGUGUCUGACCCGUCCAACCUCUUCAAGGGCUCCAGAAAGGGAGUGCUGUUCCUCACCCAGUACCGGGUAACUAACUGGGGCCGCCCGGGGCCUUUUCCUUGGGCGCCCCUCGCCUCCCUUGGGUCUAGAGCUGCAGCCUGGGCCAGCGGCAGGGCAGGGCCAGUGAUCUUCCUUGCCUCGCACCCUGCAAAGGACUCCCUCAUGUCCUUCAUGAUGCCGUUCAAUCUAAUGAGGGACUAUUCGGUGGAGCAGCCCACCUUUGGUGCCAACUACCUCAAAGGAAGCAUCUCUGCUGCACCAGACGGGGGCUGGGAAGGACAGGCCACCUUCAAACUGAUCUUCCGGAGCGGAGGCGCCUUUGAGUUUGGUCGGCUGAUGACGCAAUGCGCCACCAAUGCUGCCAAAGGGCUCCCACCCCCAGUGAUGUUCCUGGGCUUCGGCCCCCAGGCCCACCUUGUCCUCGCUGUGAACCACCGAGCGCCCCCGUCGGGCCACACCCAGGUCAUUUACGUGAUGCCCAACAGCUCCUCCUACAUGCCAUCCCCCUCAGGGUAUCAGAUCGCUGCGACCUCGGUCCCUGGCUAUGGGGUUCUUCCCCCUGGAUACGUACCCCCUCCUCCUGGAUACGGACCCCCUCCCCCUGGAUACGGACCCCCUCCUCCUGGAUACGGACCCCCGCCCCCGGGAUUCGUGCCCCCACCCCCUGGAUACGGACCCCCACCUCCUGGAUACGGACCCCCUCCCCCGGGAUUCGUGCCCCCUCCCCCU